UGGAGAAUUGAGAUUGAAAUACUUUGUUUCACAUUUUUCUUAAGCUUAUUAUAUUCUUAUAUGUGUUUCUUGAAGGAACAAAACAUCACUAUCACCCUUGAAUAGUUUUCUAUUAAGUGCUUAGAUUCAUUGCCUUGUUCUUUCCACUUUCCCUUUUCUCAUUACUCACUCACUCUCCUUCUUGUCUCCAAACUUAGUAAUAAUCAUCACUCUUGGAUUUCCAUCUUCAAUGUCUCAAAUUACUCUCAUAUCUCCAGCAACUCUCAUAGCUAUUACUGGCAUGAGGAAGAAACUUGGUGAAAUAUCUGCUGCAAAUGGAAGGUACAAAUUGAGCUCACUAUCAUCACAACCACAUGUUAAUUGGAAUAUUCAAAGGCAUAUUCCAUGGUUUGGUUUCAAUAAUUCAUCAAAGUAUUAUUAUUCAUAUGGGAAGAAUAAUAUAAGUUCUAUUGUGAAUGUUUCUGAUGGAGGAGCCAUCUCUGUUCCUCAUGGUUGGCCUCUUGAAAAGGUUUCUGACGAUGAAAAGGGUUCCAAAAUGAAGGGUUCAAGCCGUUUCUUCACAAUAGGACUCGUAGCAGCAUGGUACUCUUCCAACAUUGGUGUUCUUCUAUUGAACAAGUACUUGCUCAGCAACUAUGGAUUCAAGUAUCCUAUUUUUCUCACCAUGUGUCACAUGACAGCGUGCUCUUUGUUUAGCUAUGUUGCUAUAGCUUGGUUGAAGAUUGUCCCUAUGCAAACGAUUCGAUCCAGGGUUCAGUUCUUCAAGAUCUCGGCUUUGAGUCUUAUUUUCUGUGUUUCUGUUGUGUUUGGGAAUAUUUCUCUUCGUUAUCUGCCUGUGUCUUUUAAUCAGGCUAUUGGUGCUACUACGCCUUUUUUUACUGCCAUUUUUGCUUAUAUUAUGACCUUUAAGAGAGAGGCUUGGCUCACUUAUUUCACCCUUGUUCCUGUUGUUACUGGUGUUGUCAUUGCUAGUGGGGGUGAACCGAGUUUCCAUUUAUUUGGAUUCAUUAUAUGUAUUGCGGCCACAGCUGCAAGAGCCUUAAAAUCAGUACUACAAGGAAUUUUGCUGUCUUCAGAAGGAGAGAAGCUGAAUUCGAUGAACCUCCUCCUUUACAUGGCUCCUAUGGCUGUAGUUUUCCUUCUCCCUGCUACACUUAUAAUGGAAGAAAAUGUGGUUGGCAUUACAUUGGCUCUCGCCAGAGACGAUGUCAAGAUAAUUUGGUAUCUGCUGUUUAACUCGGCUCUUGCGUAUUUUGUCAACCUGACCAAUUUUUUGGUCACGAAACAUACUAGUGCUCUGACCCUUCAGGUACUAGGGAAUGCUAAAGGCGCUGUAGCAGUAGUUGUUUCGAUUCUAAUAUUCAGAAACCCAGUUUCAGUCACUGGAAUGAUGGGUUACGCGCUCACAGUCUUUGGAGUAAUACUUUACAGCGAAGCCAAAAAGCGAACAAAGUGAUAGUCAGUUCAUCAUUCUUGGGAAGUCGGAAGUCAGAACAGAACUUACAAUAUUUUGUAUUAGUUACUGCACAGACAACCUCACUUCCUGAGGUGAAUUUGUUUAGCAUGCUAGUGACUAGAAUCAGAAUCUUUUACUCUAAUAUACAAUUUUUUUGCCUCAGAUAGAAAACUUCUUUGAAUUAUAGCAAUGCUGCAAAAACAGCUCACAGUAUAAAAGUUGCAAUAAGUGAUAUUUCUCUUUACCUGUGUGUCAGGAUAAUUGAGUAAUGUCUUUUUGUCAUAUAUUCUUUGAAGAAAGAGUUGUAAAAUUGGACAUCCACUCAAAUGUCAGCUCUACUUGUAUUUUUUAUUUAAUGAUAAAAUUUAUAUUUUUGACA